CAAUACUUAUUGCUUCUUUCUUCUCUUCAGAGAGAGACCAUUGCCAUGGGAACCCCGGAGACAACACGCGAGCCCUGCCCUGAUCGCAUCCUCGACGAUAUAGGCAGCGCUUUCGGCAUGGGAGCCGUUGGAGGCUCCGGCUUUCACUUCAUCAAGGGCUUCUUCAACUCUCCCAAGGGUUCACGCCUCGUCGGCGCGUCACAGGAAGUGCGUCUCAACGCGCCGAGAAUGGGCGGAAGCUUUGCGGUUUGGGGUGGACUCUUCUCCACCUUCGACUGCACCAUGGUCUAUGUUCGUCAGAAGGAGGAUCCAUGGAACUCAAUCAUAUCUGGAUUCGCUACGGGAGGAUUUCUCUCCCUGCGUCAGGGACCCGCCGCCACCACGCGCUCCGCCGUGUUCGGUGGUAUCUUGCUGGCCCUUAUUGAAGGAGGUAUGAUCAUGUUUAACAAGGCCGUCUCUGCACGGCAGAUGCCGCCUCUCACAGAGGAGCAUAUGCUGGCUGGUUACCCUUCAGGAGGCAUAUUUCCGGGUCAGCACGGUCCUCAGCCUUAUCCGCCGAUGGCCUCGAAAUCGGAGGCUAAAACUUCUUGGUUUGGUGGAUUCUUCGGUGGAGGGAAGAAGGAGGAGCCGGCGUCUGGUGGAGGAAGCCAAACGAAGAUUCUGGAGAGUUUUGAUGCCCCACCGGUGCCGAAUUUUGAGUACAAGUGAAAGAAACAAAAAAAAAAAACAGAGAAAUAAUUGGUCUUGG